AUGAGCUCGUCACCCCCACCUGCCGAGCCCGAGCCCACCGCUCCCGAGAGUCCUGUCGGAGCGCCGUCGCCAGGCGCGUCAGAGAGCGCGCCCGCACCAGCGAUGGCGAACAUGUUCGGCUCCGAUGACGACAAUACAGCCGCCAACACGAAUGACAACAUGGCUCCAGGCAGCGAGGCACAAGAAGCACGCGAAGAGGGGGAAGGGGAGGGCGAGUACGUCCCCGCGACAGAGAGUAGCGCGGCGCGCAUUCCGUCAUUCAAGAAGCGCCGCGGGAGUGGCGACGAAGAGGGCGAGGAUGACGAGGAGCGGGAGAGGAGAAAGAAGAAGAAGAAGGACGCACGCGCGGAGCGGCGUGCCCGUGCGGCAGCUGAAGAGGAAGAGGAAGGCGGUGAAGACGAGCCGCAGCUGGACGAAGCCACCCGUCGCCGCCUUGCGCUUGAGGAGCGCAUCGACGCUGUGGGCAAGACGAACCGCGCUCCCCGCCGCAAGAAGAAGGGGGAUGACAUUGACAUUGUCGAGGGAUACCAUGACGACGUGUGUGUGCGCCUACGCGACCGCAUGUACACGGCUGCCGAGGCCGACCAGAAGUCCAACUUGAAGAAGAUGCCUGCCACCAGCAAGUUAGCCAUGUUGGACGAGGUCGUCAAUGCGCUGCAAAACACCACGCUCUGGUCGUCGAUCAUCGACAACGAGGUGCUCAAGGCGGUCAAGAUGUGGCUCGAGCCGUUGCCGGACAAAUCGCUCCCGGCUGUGGGGAUCCAGAAGGCCGUCUUCGAGGUACUCCCCAAGAUGGACCUAGACACGGCGACGAUCCGUGAGGCCGGACUGGGGCCGAUCGUGCUCUUCUACACGAAGACGAAGCGCGUGACGCCGUCGAUCAACCGCGCCGCCGAGGCGCUUGUGCAGACGUGGUCGCGUCCGAUCAUCAAGCGGCCCGCCGACUUCCGCAGUCGUUACAUCCAGACGGCGGACGAGAUGGAGCGCGCCGAGUACGACGAGUUCGACGACGACGAGGAGCCGCGCGAAAGCCGCCCGAGGCCGAAGACGAAGACCAAGAAGCAGCGUUUCAACGUUGCCGAAGCGCUCACCGAGAACCGUGACCGUAAGGGCGCCCGCCUGCCAAACGUACGCGAUGUGCAAUAUACGGUUGCGCCUGAGAGCCGGCUUACGCACCACUCGGGCGAGACGGGAUACAUUGCGCGCAUCCAACAGGACAACAAGAAGUUUAACCGCUUUGCGCGCCAGCUCAAGGGCCAGAAGUCGGGCCGUUAG